AUGCUGUGUAUUAAAAAUAAAUGGCCCAAAGUUGCGACCAUAAUCAUCGACAAAGGGUGUGAUAUUCAUCAUCGAAACAGAUUGAACCAGACUGCUCUCCACCCCGCCGCUUUUGAUGGGCAUCUAGAAUUGAUAAAAAUUCUGGUUAAAAAGGAAGCCGAUGUCAAUUCUCAAGAUUGUAAAGGGCAGUCUCCUUUUCUUAUUUCAUUGUUGAAACAACACGAUGAAAUUGCUGUACUUCUGAUUUAA